AUGGUGGACGCGUCAGCUCCAGCUUCGGAAGUUCCAGCCGCUUCCGAGCCUGUCCAGAAGGCUUCAGGCUCGGAAGCUGAUGCAAAUGCCGAAGCUCUUCCGGUGAUCGACAUGGUGCCGAUCCUGGAGCUUGCCGAGGCUAAAGUAUGCUCGUGUUCAGUGAACGACCGUGUCGGUGUGUUCGACGCAUCGAUCUCGUCAGCUCUUGACAGCAAAGCUGUAGACGUUGCAUCAGCAGCCCCUCGCCUCGCUUCGCUCAUCUUCCAGACCCUCCCCAUCUACUCCGACCGUCGCUCCCAAGCCUCGGUUGAGCGAGCUCUAACCAAAGCUCUCAAGCGCGAAACUGCCUUUGUCAAGGCAUUCGCCGGAGCUCUCGUCCAAACCUGCGCCAAGCCAGGCUCGGUGUCAGCCUCGGUGGCCGGCUUGGUUCGGUACAAGCUGCUCAAGUGGUCGUGUCUGCUUCUGAGAGAGAGGGGGGAUGCGAUCGUGGGCGUGCGGGCGGCGUUCUCUCGUCUGGUAGUGGCACAAGGGACGCUGCUGACAGUGGCGCUGGGAGAUGAGCCAAGGAUGAAGCGAGCUUCGUUGCAUGCUGUCAACGAGAUGCUUGGCGCGGUGCCCUCCCUUGCAGCAGCAUACCUGGCAGAGCUCAAGUCCACGCCUGUCACCCUCACCACAGUCGGCAUUGCCCAUCCCCUUCUCACCUACUUCCUCGAGACCAAGGCGCGCGAAUCAAAAGGUGCUGCAGCAGCAGAUGACGUAGCGAAUGGGACUGCAGAAGCAGCAGCAGCAGCUGUGCCUGGUUCCGCAGCUGAGGCCAAGGCGUUCUUCCUGGAGACCUACUCCAAGCUCGUGCUGAGCAGCAGGGAGCGACCCCCCCACGUGGCAUCAGAGGCGUUUGCCCCUCUGCUGCACUCACUGGAGCACACGGAGUUCAAGGGCACUCUCUUCCCCACUGCUGCCAAGAUGCUGAAGCGCAACCCUGAGCUCAUCAUGGACGCUGUUGGUUACCUGCUGUCGACUGUGCGCCUUGAUUUGAGCGCCUAUGCACCAGAGCUGCUGCCCACGCUAGCCCUGCAGGCGCGGCAUCAGAAUGCAGCCACAAGGGAGGAAGCGAUUGGCGUAUUUGCAGUAGCAGCCAAGCAGUGCAGCGACUCUGACAGCAUCCGGACCUUGUUUGCAUACCUCAAGGGGGUUCUGGCAGGCAAGGAGGGCAAGCUGACGUCAGCGUAUCAAAAGGUGGGAGUCUACCAGACGCUGCGGGCACUCUCCUCCUUCUCCCCACCGGGACCCAAUGCCAUGGCGCCAGCUGUCGCUGCUGAUGUGGCGGAGUUCCUGAUGACGGCCUAUGCUGGCGACACCAAUGAGGAGGUGCUUGCAUCGAUCCUUUCAGCGCUGGGCGAGUGGCUUGCGCGGACAGCAAGGCAGGCGCCUGCUGCCACGUCAGCUUUCGUCACUGCCAGGCUGGCGAAGGAGAAGGAGACGCUCAGGCGCUGCACGCUGAGGUGUCUGCGAAUGGCCUUCCGCAACCCACACGUGCGAGAGAAGCUCGUGCCAUGUGUGGAUGCGCUAGUGGCGCUGGUGAAGAGUGGAGUGGCAAAGCCCACCAUGCGGCUGGACGGGGUGUAUGCUCUGCUGCUGGCAGCAUCAAUUGCUGCACUUGACCUCGGAUCAGAGGAGAAGCUAGCAAAGGAGAAGGUGUGGCAGCUGGUGCUGCAGGGCGAACCACCCUUCCUCUCCACCUCCAUUGUGCCAAAGGUCACAGGAGAAGAGGACCUUCUCGCCCUGCUUGAAUUGGUGGAGGUAGUGCUGCUUCACCACUCGGCCAGUGUCAGCACGGGUCAUGCUGCAGCUGUCAGCACGAAUGAGCUCUGCAGGCUGGCAGUGCAUCUGCUGUGGCACCCCUUCUCGUCAGUGCGCAAGGCAGCACACGCCAUGGUGGCUCGCUUUCACGCCAUCUCGCCUCUCCUCUCCGACUCCCUGCUGGACGCCCUCUCCCUCUCCCUGCCGCCUCUGGAGGAUCUCGCAGCAGCUGCGGCCAUCAGCACCGGGGACGCCCCUGAGGCAGCAGCAUCACCAGAGUCAGCUGCGGACCGCCUUCCGCCCCCACAGCUGCUGGGGCAGGCGCUGCUGGUGGUGGCGGGCACAGGGGCAGUGGCAGAGAGGGUGGGCGUGGCGGCACGGGUGAUGCUGCUGGCGCAUCACAGGCUUGUGUCUGGGGGACGGAGGAGAGACGUGGUGUGGCAGGAGCUUGUAAGGGCAUGGCAGCGUCGCGCAUAUGAGGUGUCUGCCACUCUGGCUGCGGAGCCUGUUGUUGUGGCUAAGAUUCUGACUGGACCAGCGGGGCUCACAUCCAGCCGUCCAGCUCAGUCAGAUGCUGCCAUCGCAGCCAUCCAAUCUGCCAUGCGCCUCAUCCCUGCAGAGUUCUUCCAGCCUCUAGUGAUGGAGCUGGAAGCGGUGGGACAGCGGAAAGAGCACGAUGCUCUCACGGAUUCGGAGAUUAAGAUAUUCAACACUCCCGAAGGCAUGCUAUCAGCGGAGGACGGAGUGUACGUGGCGGCGGUGGUGAGGGACAAGAACGUGAGGCAGGCGCGGGGCAAGCUGAAGCUGUACGGUGCAGAGCUGGAUGACGAUGACGAGGAGGAGGAGCCUAGCAAACCUGCCCCGGCUGCUGCACCUGCAAAGAAAGGCGCUGCUGCCACACCAGCACGCGGAGCAGGUGGGGCCAGUGGCCCGAAGGGGGCGGCUGGGAGAGGAGCAGGCAAGAAGGACACAGGCAAGCCCGGGGCAAAGAAAGCAGCGGCAGGCGAUGGGGAGAAGGGGAAGACUGCCAAGGAGGAGGCAAGGGAGGCUUUGCUGCUGGAGGAGGCAGCAGUGAGGGAGAGAGUGAGGGGGAUUCAGAGGCACACGGGGGUGCUGGUGCGGGCGCUGGGUGCGGCUGCUGCUGCCAACCCGGCCUUCUCACACGACCAGCUGCCCCAGCUGGUAGCGUCCAUCCUACCGCUGCUGCGCUCGCCGCUCAUCCCCUCGCAGGCCUUUGACGCGCUGGCGCAGGUGAUGCGCUGCCUCUCCCCCGCGCUGCAGCCCUUCUCCUGGGACGUCGCCUCCGCCCUCUGCUCCGUCUCCCUCGCAGGGGAGAGCCUGGCAGAGCAGCUUAAGGAGGAGAGCGCGGAGGAGGGCGAGGAGGAGGGAGGGGAGGGGAAGAGGAGGAGGAAGAAGGAGGAGAGUGUGGUGGACAGGGUGGUGCGGGCUGUGUGGGCGGCAUGUAAGGAGGGAGGGUCGCUGCCUGCUGCCACGUUUGGCGCUGUGUUCCCGAUCUUCGAGAGAGUGCUUCGAGCGAACAAGAAGACCCGUCUGCACGAUUCCAUUAUUUCAAUCCUGCAGCUGCACACCUCGCCCUUCAUCGCUCUGCCGCGCCUCGCCAUGAUCUCGGUGCUCUACCACGUGUUGGGCCGCGUCCGCAUCUACCACUCACGGGUCCAACCAAUUCUGAGGGAGCUGUGCAGAGGCCUCAAGUCCGACGAGAUUGGAGGGGCACUAGAAGGGCUGUUUGCAGAGCAGGCACAUGUGAGGGAGGCAUGUCUGGAAGCAGUCAAGUAUAUUCCAACCCUAGCAGCAGGCAAGGCCCCUCAAGACCCCUAUGUGGCCUGUGCCAUCUGGAUGGCCCAAUACGACCCCGAACCUGCCAACGCCGAGGCUGCCGAGAUGGUCUGGGACAUGUACGGGCACGAGCUAGGCCCGGAGUAUGCGCCGAACCUGAUCGUCAGCCUCGGAAACCCGAGCCAGGAGGUUCGGCUGGCGGCUGCCGAGGCUAUGGCGGCAGCUAUGGAUGAAUACCGAGGCACGAUCCAGGCCAGUUUGUCGAGCCUGUUCUCGCUGUAUGUGCGGGAUGCGCCACCUCAGACUUCCAUGUGGCGGCCUCAGGAUGAUGCCACGUGGCACAGCAGGGAGGGCAUGGCUUUGGCGAUGCGUGCUGCUGCUGACGUGCUGACCACUAAGGAGCUGCCACUUGUCGCCACGUUCCUCAUCUCCAAAGCCCUGGCCGAUCCUAAUGAGGAGGUUCGGAGGCGCAUGGUGGAGGCAGGUUUGGCGAUCAUCAACCGGCAUGGCAAGGAGAACGUGGGACUGCUGCUGCCCAUCUUUGAAAACUACCUCGACAGAAAGGCGGACAACGAGCACAGUUAUGAUCUUGUGCGAGAGGGUGUGGUGGUCUUCCUUGGUGCCCUUGCUAAGCAUCUUGCCCCGGAGGAUCCCAAGGUGACGCUCAUUCUCGCCCGGCUGCUGGAGGUGCUCAACACGCCCUCAGAGGCCGUGCAGAGGGCCGUGUCUGACUGCUUGCCGCCACUCAUGCCCGCCAUCUCCCUCAAGGAGGGUGGCGCCCAGGCGCUCAUAGCCCAGCAGCUGAAGGUCCUGCUGACGAGUGACCGCUUUGCCGAGAGGAGAGGCGCGGCAUUUGGGCUGGCAGGGGUAGUGAAGGGGCUGGGUCUGAGGAGCAUCAAAGAUUAUGGCGUGCUGCAGGCACUGAUCAAGGGCGUGGAGGACAAGUCAUCCCCGAAGGCAAGAGAAGGAGCACUCUUCGGCUUUGAAUGCCUGUCCGAGAAGCUUGGUCGCCUCUUUGAACCCUACGUGAUCCACAUCUUGCCCUACCUCCUGGUGUGCUACUCAGACACAGCCACUCCAGUGCGCGAGGCCACGGUGCAUGCGUCUCGCUGCAUCAUGGGGCAGCUCAGUGCCCCUGGCGUGAAGCUCAUCCUCCCUGCGCUGCUCAAGGGAUUGGAGGAGAAGGCGUGGAGAAGCAAGCAGGGCAGCGUGCAGCUGCUGGGAGCCAUGGCCUUCUGUGCGCCGCGCCAGCUGUCGCACUGCCUUCCCCUCGUGGUGCCCAAGCUCAGCGAGGUAUUGACUGACACGCACCCCAAGGUGCAGGCAGCAGCGCACACGUCCCUGCAGCAAGUGGGGAGUGUCAUCCGCAACCCUGAGAUCGCUGCCCUCGUGCCGUCGCUGCUGGACGGCAUCGCCAACCCCAACAAGCACACCCGCGCCUGCCUUGACCUUCUUUUGCAGACCACCUUUGUGAACUCCAUCGACGCGGCCUCUCUGGCCCUCGUGAUCCCCAUCGUGCACCGCGCGCUGAGAGAGCGCUCCUCAGACAUCAAGAAGCGCGCCGCUCAGAUCGUAGGCAACACCGUCUCCCUCGUCACGGACCACUCCUCACUCCUUCCCUACCUCAACCUGCUGCUCCCCGGGCUCAAGAAAGUGUUGUUAGAUCCGCAUCCGGACGUGCGCACCGUGGCGGCCAAGGCGUUUGGGUCGUUGGUGCGCGGCGUGGGCGAGCACGAGUUCCCCGACCUCGUGCCCUGGAUGCUCGAAACCAUCGGGUCCGAUGCAUCGAGUGUGGAGAGGUCAGGGGCGGCUCAGGGGUUGAGCGAGGUGCUGGGGGCGCAGGGCCGGCACCGGUUCGAGGUGCUGCUGCCAGACCUGCUGGCGGGGUGCUCACACAAGGUGGCGACUGUCAGAGAUGGCCAUUUGACUCUGUUCAAGUACCUACCGCUUGCCUUCGGUGCACCCUUCCAGAACUACCUCCCCCAAGUGCUGCCUGCCAUCCUCGACGGGCUGGCGGAUGAGAGUGAGAGUGUGCGCGAUGCAGCACUGGCAGCUGGGCAUGUGUUGGUACAGCAGUACGCCAUCAGUUCGCUGCCUUUGCUGUUGCCAGCGGUGGAGGAGGGGCUGUUCAGCGACAGCUGGCGGAUCAGGCAGAGCUCCAUGGAGCUGCUGGGCGACCUGCUCUUCAAGGUGGCAGGCACAUCAGGGAAAGUCGUUUUGGAGGGAGGCAGCGACGACGAGGGGGCGAGCACGGAGGCGCAGGGCCGGGCAAUUCUGGACGUGCUGGGGCUGGAGAGGCGCAACGAGGUGCUGGCUGCUGUGUACAUCGUUCGAUCAGAUGUGUCACUCUCCGUGCGACAGUCCGCGGUGCACGUGUGGAAGACCAUAGUGGCCAACACCCCGCGCACGCUCAAGGAGAUCAUGCCCACACUCAUGCGCCUCCUCAUCGACUCCCUCGGCUCACCUUCUUUCGAGCGCCGCCAGAUGGCCAGUCGGGCCAUAGGCGAGUUGGUGCGCAAGCUGGGAGAGCGAGUGCUGCCUUCUGUGGUGCCCAUCCUCUCUGCUGGCCUCAAGGACCCCAACCCUGCCACCAGACAGGGUGUGUGCUGUGGGCUGGGCGAGGUGAUGAAUGCAGCAGGGCGGCAAAACCUCACCUCCCAUCUGGACGAUCUUAUUGGCACCAUCCGUACCGCGCUCUGUGACGAGGAUGCUGAGGUGCGGGAGGCAGCAGCACAGGCCUUCAGCACACUCUACAAGAGUGCGGGCAUGCAAGCAAUUGAUGAGAUUGUGCCAGCACUGCUGCACUCUCUAGAGGAUCCUCGCACGUCUGCCACGGCCCUUGACGGGCUCAAACAGAUUCUCAGUGUGCGCACCACUGUCGUUCUGCCCCACAUCCUGCCCAAGCUCGUCAAACCGCCUCUCACGGAGUUCAAGGCACAUGCUCUGGGUGCGCUGGCAGAGGUGGCAGGUGCAGGCAUGUGUGUGCAUCUGUCCACGGUGCUACCGCCACUGCUCAACGAGAUGGGGCAGAUGGAGGAGUCUCCCUUGCGUUCCAUGGCGGUGGCGUCAGCAGAGGCGGUCGUGAAGGGCGUGGACGAGGAGGGUCUCGACUCUCUCAUUGGCGAGCUCACGCACGCUCUCUCUGAUAACUCGGCUGUCAUGAGGCGCGGAGCAGCGAAGCUUCUGGGAACGUUCUGCAAGAUCACACGUGUGGAUCUGGAGGAGGAGCUGCCAUCACUGAUGACCAUUCUCAUCGUCAUGCUCGCUGACCCCGAUGAGGCCUGUGUGAAGGUGGCAUGGGAAGCGCUGGGCAGUGUCACGAGCACCAUUCCCAAGGAGUCGCUCCCAGUGCACCUCAAAGUGGUUCGAGACGCUGUUGCCACAGCCAGGGACAGGGAGAGGCGGAAGAGGAAGGGCCUUCCCAUGCUCGUUGCUGGUUUCUGCCUGCCCAAGGGCUUGCAGCCGGUGCUUCAGAUAUACCUGCAGGCGCUCAUGUUGGGAUCAGCAGAGAUGCGAGAGGCAGCAGCAGACGGUUUGGCAGAGCUCAUAGACGUGGCCAGUGAGGUGGCGCUGCGGCCAUUUGUUGUUCCCAUUACUGGCCCCCUCAUCCGCAUAGUGGGGGAUCGCUUCCCCUGGCAGGUCAAGGCGGCCAUUCUCUCUACCCUCGCCAUUCUCAUCUCCAAGGGCGGCAUCGCACUCAAGCCCUUCCUGCCGCAGCUGCAGACCACCUUCAUCCGCUGCCUCCAGGACUCCAACCGCACGGUGCGCUCGCGAGCAGCCAAGGCGUUGGGGCGGCUGACAGCUCUCAACCCAAGAGUGGAUGCUCUCAUCUCCGACCUCCUCAACUCCAUCCAGACUGCAGACGGGGCAGUGAAGGAGUCGAUGCUGAUGGCAGUGCGUGGAGUGGUGAGGCACGGAGGCAAGGUGGCCUCUCCUGCCUCUCUCGAGCGCCUGUCCUCGUCACUGCAGGCGGUGCUGUUCGCCUCGGACAGCGAUGACGACUCUGUUGUUCGCUCUGUUGCUGCCAGAGCUUUGGGCGGUACUGCACAGUACCUAUCGGAGCCGGAUUACCUCUCCCUUCUCGCCGCCCUUGCAGCCCCCCUCCCUUCUUCUCGCCCCUGGUCGCACCGCCUUGCAGCCGCACUCGCCCUCUCCUCCCUCCUCCGCCACACUGCCUCCCGCCCCGCGCCCCUGCCAGCAUCCCAGCUCGCAUCCGUUGCCGAAAAGUCAGCGGUGGCGAUAAGAGCACAUGCAGGGGAUGAUAAGGUGCCGGUGCGGGAGACGGCGGCUAAGGCGGCGGGGCGGUGGCUGGUGCUGUUUGGGAUGGGCGGGGGGAGUGCGGCGGGGGUGGUGGCGGUGCUGGCUUCGCUGCUGGGGGAUGCUGCUAGUGACGUGCGGAGGAGAGCUCUGUCUGCUGUCAAGAUGGUUGCCAAGAAGGAGCCCAUCCCAGCAAAGCUUCUGGCAGCGCUGGGUCCGCCCCUGUCGGAGUGCCUCAAGGACACAAGUCAGCCUGUGCGGCUGGCUGCAGAGCGAACUAUCCUGCACGCCUUCCAGCUCAGCAAGGGUCCUGACCAGGUGACAGCAGCACAGAAGUAUCUCACAGGGCUCGAGUCUCGCCGCAUUGCCAAGAUGCCUGUUGUCAGCGAUGGUAGCGACGACAGUGAAGAUGAUGAUGCUCAGGAUGAUUAA